CCCGCCUACUAUUAUUUACCCAACCCCUGAAGCCCGUCCAGAACUCCAGAUCGUCCGCUGGGCCUAGUUUUCUGUUCUUCUUCUCGUUCUCCAAUUUCUACCCUUUCCAUCUCACCCAUCACCUCUAACCCUCACCACCCACCUAGACAAGAUGAGAGAAGUCAUUAGUUUGAACGUCGGCCAGGCCGGUUGUCAGAUCGCCAAUUCCUGCUGGGAGCUUUACUGCCUUGAGCACGGCAUCCAGCCCGAUGGAUACUUGACCGAAGAACGCAAGAAGGAAGACCCUGACCACGGAUUCAGCACUUUCUUCUCCGAGACUGGCCAAGGAAAAUAUGUUCCACGCACCAUCUAUGCUGAUCUUGAGCCCAACGUCGUCGAUGAGGUCCGCACUGGAACCUACCGCAGCCUCUUCCAUCCCGAGAACUUGAUCACCGGCAAGGAGGAUGCCUCAAACAACUACGCUCGUGGUCACUACACCGUCGGUAAGGAGAUGAUUGACCAGGUUCUUGACAAAGUCCGCCGCAUGGCCGACUCUUGCUCUGGUCUUCAGGGCUUCCUCGUCUUCCACUCCUUUGGUGGCGGUACCGGUUCCGGUUUCGGUGCUUUGUUGAUGGAGCGUCUCUCUGUCGACUACGGCAAGAAGUCCAAGCUUGAGUUCUGCGUCUACCCCGCCCCUCAGAACGCUACCUCCGUUGUCGAGCCCUACAACUCUAUCCUCACCACCCACACCACCCUCGAGCACUCCGACUGCAGCUUCAUGGUUGACAAUGAGGCUAUCUACGACAUCUGCCGCCGCAACCUUGGCAUUGAGCGCCCCAGCUACGAGAACCUUAACCGCCUGAUCGCCCAGGUUGUCUCAUCCAUCACCGCUUCUCUGCGUUUCGAUGGCUCCCUCAACGUUGAUCUGAACGAAUUCCAGACCAACCUUGUUCCCUACCCCCGUAUCCACUUCCCUCUGGUGGCCUACUCUCCUGUCAUCUCUGCCGACAAAGCCUCUCACGAAGCCAACUCCGUCCAGGACAUCACCAUGUCUUGCUUCGAGCCUAACAACCAGAUGGUCAAGUGUGACCCCCGCAACGGCAAGUACAUGGCCACUUGCUUGCUGUACCGUGGUGAUGUUGUCCCCAAGGAGACCCACGCUGCCGUCGCUACCCUUAAGACCAAGCGCACUAUCCAGUUCGUCGAUUGGUGCCCCACUGGUUUCAAGAUUGGUAUCUGCUACCAGCCUCCCCAGCAGGUCCCCAACGGAGACCUCGCCAAGGUCAACCGUGCUGUUUGCAUGCUUUCCAACACCACCGCCAUCUCCGAGGCCUGGUCCGCUCUCGACCACAAGUUCGACCUCAUGUACUCCAAGCGUGCUUUCGUUCACUGGUACGUUGGCGAGGGUAUGGAGGAAGGUGAAUUCUCUGAGGCCCGUGAGGAUCUUGCUGCCCUGGAGCGCGACUACGAGGAAGUCGCCAGCGACUCCCUGGAGGAGGAGGGUGAGGAAGUUGAGUACUAAGUGUAAUGCUUCUUUAAUGAUUCUAUUGGGAGCCAGGGUAGUCUAGGUGAUACGCUGGCGACAUGCAAAUAGGAGAACUUGGCUUAGUACAGACUACUUGUGGCUUUUCUGUUGAUAUAUUUUUAAUAUUCCCGAAACAGCGAAAAUUUACCUCUCGUUGACUAUUA